UUUGUUUUUUGUUUACAUUUUAGUUAUAUUUCGAAGAAGAAACAUUUGAAGAAUUUGCAGAUAAACACAAAAAAAAAAAAAAAACAAUUUCUUGACAGUUUUUUAAAAGUAAUACAAAGCAUAUAUUCAUCUCGAAAUGAAAUUGUAUUGCUUAAGCGGGGAUCCGGCAAAACCUUGUUAUGUUGUUAGCUUCAAGGAAUUACUGAUCAUGUUAGAUUGUGGAUUGUCGGCUCAGUCAGUUUUGAAUUUUUUACCGCUUCCACUUGUUCAAAGCUCAAAAUUAGCUAAUUUAGCUAAUUGGAUUCCUAGUAGAGAACACGACCCACAAAUGGAUGGUGAAUUAAAAGAAUGCUGUGGAAGAGUUUUCGUAGAUUCAGCACCAGAAUUUUCUUUACCUUUAGAUAGACUUAUUGAUUUCAGUGAAAUUGAUGUUAUUUUAAUAUCAAAUUACCUAAAUAUGCUUGCUUUACCAUAUAUAACAGAGGGUACCGAUUUUAAAGGCACUGUAUACGCAACUGAACCAACUUUACAAAUUGGACAAUUUUUCAUGGAAGAGCUUGUUGAAUAUAUUGAAGCAGUGCCUAAACCGAAUAAUGCUAAUUUAUGGAAAGAUAUGUUACAAAUCUUACCAUCUCCUUUAUGUGAUUUAUACAAACCUAAAAAGUGGAGAAAAAUUUUCUCACUUGAUGACGUAAAAAAGGCUUUGUCAAGGGUAAAAAUUGCAGGUUACGAUGAAAAAUUGGACAUUUUUGGGGCUCUUCAGGUAACCCCUGUCAGUUCCGGAUAUUGUUUAGGUUCAAGUAAUUGGGUGUUGAGUACAGGUCACGAAAAAAUUUGUUAUGUAAGUGGGUCAUCUACAUUAACUACUCAUCCGAGACCAAUUAAUCAAACCGUUUUAAAACAUGCAGAUGUAGUUAUAUUGACUGGUUUAACUCAGGCACCGCAUGUAAAUCCUGAUACUAUGCUGGGAGAGUUGUGUAUGAAUGUUGCUGUCACUUUGCGAAAUAAUGGAUCAGUUUUGAUACCAUGUUAUCCAUCUGGAGUUGUGUAUGACUUGUUCGAAUGUCUAUCUACAAAUCUUGAUAACGCUGGUUUGACCAACAUACCAAUGUUUUUUAUAUCUCCAGUUGCUGACAGCUCUUUGGCUUAUUCAAAUAUAUUAGCUGAAUGGUUAAGUUCUGUUAAACAAAAUAAAGUUUAUAUUCCAGAUGAUCCGUUUCCCCAUGCUUUUUUAGUUAAAAACGCUCGAUUAAAGCACUAUAAACGGAUUUAUUCGGAAGGUUUUAGUACUGAUUUCAGACAGCCAUGCGUCGUUUUUUGUGGUCACCCAAGUUUGAGAUUUGGAGACGUUGUACAUUUUAUUGAACUGUGGGGAAAUAACCCGCAACAUACUAUCAUCUUUACCGAGCCAGAUUAUCCCUAUCUUCAAGCAUUGGCACCAUAUCAACCUUUGGCAAUGAAAGCUAUAUAUUGUCCAAUAGAAACUUCACUAAAUUUUCAACAAGCAAAUAAGCUUGUCAAGGAAUUAAAACCCAAUGUACUUGUCAUACCAGAAAGUUACACACAUCCACCACAAAUGGCUCCGCAUAAAUUAGAUUUAGUUAUUGAUCAAACUCCUGAUCGUAAAAUAAUAACAUUUAAAUUUGGUGAAUAUGUUAAACUGCCAUUAAAACGUAAAAAAAAUCGGGUAUAUUUAUCAUCAGAUUUGGCUGAUAGCAUUGUUCCGAAAGAAAUUAUACCUGGUACAAAUUUUUCAACUGUUACUGGUAUAUUACAUGUUAAAGAUAAUGUUCAUAAUAUUAAGCCAAUAGAAGAUGAAAAAACAGAACCAUCAUCUUCAUCUUCAAAUACGUAUCCACCAAGUAAAGAGCAGACAUUAAAGAAAGCAAAAUAUGAAUUUGGUUCUUUAGAUGUUGAUUUAUUUGUAAAAAAAUUAAUACAAGAUGGUAUUACAGAUGUUAAAGUAGAACAAGGUGGAAAUGGUAGUGUAACAAUAUUUAUUCCUAGCGAAGAUACAAAAAUUGAAAUAACUUUAAAGAGUACACAUAUUAUUUGCGGGGGAAAACAAUCUUUACGUUUGAAAUUAAGAGAUCUUCUAUUAAAAUGUAUACAGACGUUUUAAUUUUUUUUUUUUAAAUAAAAAUAAAACAUGUAG